GUGACAUUGUUGAUGAGUAUCUUCUUUUUACCACUUCUUCCCCCAUUCCCGACACUAGCAGCGCCUACUGACUCAUGUUCCCAUUUUCAACUCUUUCGUUAGAGAGGGAGACGGAGACGCUCAAUCGUGCUCGUCAGCUGGUGUUCAGCAACGACGGUGCCAUCGGCUUGAGGGAUCCUAGUACUGGAGGCUCACAAAUCCCUCCUGGGGGCUUCCAACAUAGAGGCGGCAGCAUCGGAGAAGCAUGUGUGCAAUUCCAACCCGUCUACCCAGGUCUCCCAAACCCGCCACCAGUGUCACAGUACCUGCACCCUUCCUCCUCCUCACGCUCGCUUCCGCAUCCACCGGCCUACCAACCUCCUCAUCCGCAUUACUACAUCGGUCAUGUCAUCUCAGGGAGUUCCCAACGCCAGCCGCGUCACCACGGCUAUAGUCCUGAUCCCAGCUUUACUUGCUAUGGAGCUCCAGUUUCUCAUAGCUUCCCCCCCGUGGAAGAAGGACGAGCACCAACAGUCAGAGGCAACCAACUCAGAUGAGAGCGUAACUGGGAUCGUAGUUAGGGACGUGUCCACCAUAACUUGCAUUGUUGAGUGAACCGUCAGCACCAGGAAUGGCCUUAACUUAUACAUCUUAAUUUGAUGGAAAGAAAAUGUCACGAAGAAUGACAACCUAAGUGAAAAGUUGUG